GUCAAGUUGGCAAAAGUUUCGCGAUUUGGGUUCAAUAUUGUGCAAUUUUAUCUUGUUAUUUUUAAUGUUAUCCACGUUUAAGAUUGCUCAAAAUUGUGUGUGACUUCUUUGGAACUGGUCAAAUAAUUUGUGUUUUGUGUUUGUGUUAAAAUCUUCAAGAUGAGGCUAGUAGACUCUUCUAAACUUUUGGAACUUCAAAACAAACCCGAAAAUAUUCGGAAUAUUUGCAUUGUAGCACACGUGGACCACGGGAAAACUACUCUGGCAGAUUCCUUGAUAUCCAGCAAUGGCAUUAUAUCGCAGAGAAUGUCCGGAAAGCUUCGGUAUAUGGACAGUAGGCCUGACGAACAAGAGCGUGGUAUAACGAUGAAGAGCAGUAGUAUAGCUCUAUAUCACGCUCUGGAGAAGGUGGAAUACCUCGUGAACCUCAUCGAUUCACCCGGACAUAUCGACUUCUCUAGCGAAGUGUCCACAGCUGUCAGGUUAUGUGACGGAGCCAUUGUUGUUGUUGAUGUUGUAGAAGGUGUUUGUCCACAAACACGAUUUGCUCUAAAACAGGCUUAUCAAGAGAACAUCCCACUAGUUUUAGUAUUUAAUAAGAUUGACAGAUUGAUCUUAGAAAUGCAACUCACUCCUCUUGAUGCAUACAUCCAUUUGACUCAAAUUCUAGAGCAAGUCAAUGCUGUGAUGGGAGAACUAUUUGCCUCUGAUGUGUUGGAAAAAGAAACAACUACUAUAGACAAACAGCAAAAAUCUGGACAGCCUAAAGAGGAUAACAAUUUUUAUGACUGGACCUCUGCACUGGAAGAUGCAGAUGAUUCUAAUCUAUAUUUCUCACCGGAACAAGGCAAUGUGGUGUUUGCAAGUGCUAUAGAUGGAUGGGGCUUCACUGUUCACACUUUUGCCAAACUAUUUUCUGACAAACUUGGUGUGAAGGAAGAGUUACUACGGAAGGUUUUGUGGGGUGAUUUCUAUUUAAAUAGUAAAACUAAACGAUUCAUGAAAGGCGCCCAAGAGAAAGCAAAGAAACCACUCUUUGUUCAAGUUGUCUUAGACAAUUUAUGGAAUGUUUAUGAAACAAUAGUAUUGAGAAACGAAAAAGAAAAGGUUCCAGUUAUAUGUGAAAAACUUGGCAUCAAACUUACUACAAGAGAUCUACGACAUACUGAUAGUAGAAUUCAAUUGCAAUCCCUAAUGAUGCAAUGGUUGCCCUUAUCCAAGACCGUGCUUAAUAUGGUCUGUACCAAAUUGCCAUCUCCUAAAGAAAUGCAGUCUGAUAAGGCUGAAAAACUAAUGUGUUCAAAAAUAAGAGACUUUGAAUCUUUGCAUCCCGACACACAAAAACUUAAAGAUGAUUUUCUCGCCUGUGAUAGUAGUAGUGAUAGCCCAUUAAUUAUUUUUAUAUCGAAAAUGUUUAGUGUUGAUAAAAGUGCGUUGCCUGAGAAUAAGCCUAAAACUUUGACUGCUGAAGAAAUGGCUCUGCGAAGAGAACGAGCGAGGCAGUUGCGUGAAGAACAAAAGCAGAAUAAUAAUACUUCAGAAGCCAAUCCAAUAACGGAAGAUAUAAAAAACGAAAUCAAUGAGGAAGAAAAAAGCGCAGAGGAUGAAAAACAAAGAGAAGAGAAAGAUCAACCAGCUUUUAUUGCAUUUGCUAGAGUGUUCAGUGGAAAAGUUAGAAAAGGUGACAAAGUAUACGUGUUAGGGCCGAAACACGACCCGUCCAAAGUACUUAGUGUGAAGGACUUUAAAGUAGACCCUAAUAAGAAGCUUAAAGAUUUACAAAGUCAUGAACACAUUACAUGUACUGAGAUAAAAUCUCUUUACAUUCUAAUGGGAAGGGAAUUGGAAGAUAUUGAAGAAGCUGUUGCAGGCAACAUAAUAGGUAUAGGAGGUCUUGAAGAACAUGUACUGAAAACUGCGACCUUAAGUAAUACAAUCGCUUGUCCAUCAUUUAGCGAGCUAAUAUCCGGUGCGGUACCCAUAUUGAGAGUUGCUAUUGAACCGACUUAUCCUUCGCAGUUACCUCAGCUGGUUAAAGGUUUGAAACUUCUAAACCAGGCAGACUCUUGCGUCCAGGUGUUGCUUCAAGAAACUGGCGAACAUGUGCUUGUAACCGCUGGGGAGGUUCAUCUCGAGAGGUGUCUCGAAGAUUUGAAGAACCAUUACGCAAAAAUACCACUUUCUGUAUCUGAACCAAUAGUACCCUUCAGAGAAACGAUCGUAGAGCCACCAAAAAUUGACAUGGCGAAUGAAGAGAUAGACGCUCAAAAUGUUGAUAUGGGACUAAAUAAAGAAGAAGACCCUGUAAUAACUAUUUAUACCAAUAACAAACAGAGUAGAAUCAAAAUUAGAGCUAGACCUUUACCCAAUGAAGUAACUGAAUUGCUAGAUAAAUCAGCUGAUUUAUUAAAAGCAAUUUCUCAGCAUAUAAAAACACUUCAAGGUUUAGCUAAAAACGAUAAACUAGAAAGCAAACUUGAAGAUCUACACCUUAAUGGCACAAAGCAUCAACUGUCAGACCGAAUGUUGAAGCUUAUUCAAGUAUUCAAGGACGAAUUGCAAAGUAUAUGUUCGAAAUUGGGUCCCGAAUGGAAAGACAUAGUGAAUCAGAUUUGGUCGGUUGGACCAAGAAAUUGCGGUCCGAAUUUGCUGCUCAAUCAAACCGAAGAUUACAAAACGAAGUAUUUAUUACAUGAGAAAGAAAUUAAAGAAGAUCCAAGAUUUGAAUAUGAGAGUAGUUUUGUAAAUGGCUUCCAAUUGGCUUCGCUUGCUGGGCCGUUGUGUGAGGAACCUAUGAUGGGUGUCGCGUUCUGUGUUGAAGAAUGGACAUUGGAAAAACACGAAGCCGAUGACGUUUCACAUACUUUUGGACCUUUGUCAGGUCAAAUAAUGUCAGCUGUAAAAGAAGGUUGCAGGAGAGCAUUCCAGGUCCAACCUCAAAGGUUGAUGGCAGCCAUGUAUUCCUGCGAUAUCAUCGUCGAUCAGAAAGUAUUAGGCAAGCUGUACGCGGCUCUAGGCCGACGCGGAGGGAGGGUGGUGGCCAGUGACUUGCAGAGCGGCUCAGCGUCCUUUAGGGUCAAAGCUCUACUACCAGUCGCGGAGAGCUUCAAGUUUGCGCUAGAACUUCGGACUCAUACUUCAGGUCUCGCCGCGCCGCAGCUUGUGUUCAGCCAUUGGGAGGUGAUAGACAUUGACCCGUUCUGGCGUCCCCGCACGGAAGAGGAGUUGCUCCACUGGGGCGAGAAAUGGGACGGGAUCAACCGCGCUAAGGCGUACAUGGACUCUGUGCGCGCGCGCAAGGGACUGGCCACUGACAAACAACUCGUUCAGCACGCUGAGAAACAGAGGACGCUAUCCAAGAACAAAUAAACUGCAAACUAUCUGUUUGUUUUAUAAUACUUAGACAAAAUUAAGUCACAAAGAGAAAAUAGAUAGAAAAAUAAACUCGCUCGUCCCACCUGGACAAGAGUUGCAGGUUCAAAUCUUGAUUCAGAUAUUUUUGAUCUAUUUUGUCUUUUUAAAAUAAACUAGAAAAUAAAAUGUUUUCACGCCAUUUGCCUUGUUAUAACAACAUAUUUACGGCACAUCUAUUAGAACAUGGUCAGAAUAUACAAUUUGAAGCAAAGUGAUUUAUAUUACCAGACAGGCGUUGUAGAUUUAGAAGCAUUUCUGCAUUAUUACUACAGUUUUGACCUUUGUUCUUCCGGAUAUGUGAUAUAAAAGACAGUUCUUUUGAACGUCACAACACAGACAGGAAAAUUAUCAAUGACAACUCAUUUUAUAAGUAUAAUAUCGCUAUAUACAGUAAAUCCUCACUCAGAAUAAACCAUGGCUGGGACCAUGCCGCUGCCCUGGGGCCUGUUUAAUAAUACUUACAAUAGUAAAUUACAAUGACAAUUUGAUGUACAUUGCGGAGUGUGUGAUCAGGAAUAUUUUGCAGUUUCAUAUUACCUACGUAAUGAACACCAAAUUGUCGUUGUAAUUUACAAUUGUAUGUUUUAUGAAGCAGGCCCCUGGUCUUAAUGUAUAACGAACAAUACUUUUUGCGAAAAAAAUUACAGAUUUAAGGGCCCUAUAUCACCGGAUACCAUGACGCUUUAGGAUCAUAAUAAGGAUAAUAGAUAUCACAUGUUCUUCCAAAACAGUUGUUGUACAGUCAGAAGCAAAUAGCUGAUGAAAGUCAAGGUAUACCUAUAGUUAGCAACAUCCACAAUGUCCAAUAAUUAGGGAUAUUCACUUUGUGAAAAAUCACUUUGGUUUGCCUAGUUUGGUUAGGACACUACAGGCUGAUCACCUGAUUGUCCGAAAGUAAGAUGAUCCGUGCUUCGGAAGGCACGUUAAGCCGUUGGUCCCGGUUACUAUUUACUGAUGUAAGUGAGUAAUCGUUACAUGAGCCAUGUCAGAGGCCUUUGGCGGCUCAAUUAUAACCCUGACACCAGGGUUGAUGAGGUUGGUAUUUUACCUCACAACCCACACGUUAAGAAGAAGGGAUAUUCAAGGUGGCCGUAUAGAUAGUAACACUCUAAGUGACCAAAAACAUCGGCACAACAGGCGUGUUCAAAAAGUUGACGACAACCUAAUCCAGAUUCACGAGACGCUUACAAUGUCAAAUAGUUCGGCUCAAUUAUGUCGUCGUAAAUAUGACAACACUCACUGCGCCAAUGUUAUCCAAGCAGUCAAGUCAGUUUAAACAUAUGGGGACGAUUAGGUUGUUACCAACUUUUUGAACAUGCAGGUUGUGCUGAUGUUAUUUCUCACUUAGUGUUACUAUCUAUACGGCCGCCUACUAGUGUUACUAUUUGCUUCUGACUGUACUUCAGAAGGUCUUUUAGCUUCAAGAAAGCCUCUUCCUGUGGUUGGCUCGAAAGCCAUUCUACAUUUUUUGUAGUAAUUGUCUUUAUUGAUGUGGUGAUAUCAGUCGUAUUUUGAAUUAAUUUUGACAUAUUAUAUUAUCCCUCUUAUUAGCCAGUUAAUUACUUUAAUUUAUGAAUUACUCGUACUAAGGAGAUAAAUUAGUACACAAAUGGCGAUAGGGAUUGGACAUAAAGAUUUUUUUAUUAAAAUUAUCCGGACUUUUUGCUAUGGAAUUUAGCAUUGGCGCCAUCUAGCGGAUUUUAUGCCUAAAAGGUUCGAACCCAUUUCGAUUAAUUGGUUGUAAGUAUUCUGAUUUAGUUGAUAAAGUAACGAGGAUGUUACUAUUUGUCGUUACCUAUUACUUGUUUUCUUAUUCAAGUAGUUUAUGAUUUGUAAUGGAAUUGUAUUGUUUUUAUUUUUUAUUAUAAUUAAUAAAUAUUGUA